GCUGGCAGAACACGGAAGUUAGAAAGUGGCUGUGCCUGACAACAUGGAGGAGCCCAUACAUUUAACAGUUUUAAACAGAUCCAAAGUGGAAAUGUUGAGGUUGGUGGUGAGUCAGCGUCUAAUGGCGGCCGCGGAGGAGAUAUUUGGCGUGUUUGAGAGAACCAUAGUGGAGUACGAAGAGGAACUUUCUCUUUCAAAGCGGGAGAACGAGCGACAGCGCAGACUACUGGACAACAUUCUGAAUCCUGAAGUUCGCUUACACAGAGCAGUAUUAUCUGCAGAUGUUCAGCAGGACCCAGAGCCCCUGCACAUUAAAGAGGAGCAGGAGCAACCCUGGAGCAGCCAGGAGGGAGAGCAGCUUCAAGGAGCCAUCCCUGUGAAGAGUGACGACGAUGAAGAGAACGCUCCGACCUCGCAGCUUCAUCUGUCACAAACGGAACAGAACAGAGAGCCUCCAGCCAGCUGCUCAGAUCAACAGAUGGACACUAUGUGUGACGGAGAGGACCGUGGAGGAUCAGAACCAAUCAGGAGCUUAGAUCUAGAUAGUAAGACACAAGCUAAUAAUGAUGAGACUCCGGACUCUUCCCAACAAGCUGGCAACAUCGAUGAUUUGAAACAGAGCAGGGAACAUCAGUCAGAUUUAAACGCUGUGAUAUCGAAGCAGACCCAGACAGGUGUAUCUGUCAGUCAACCAGCCAAUGGCGACAGGACUUCAGACUCCUCUGAGCCUGAGACUGAAAACGAUGACGGGAAGGAGACAGGUAUAGCUCAGUCAGAAGGUGAUAAAGACUACAACACUGGCAAGAAAUCUCUUAACUGCUCUGAAUGUGGUAAAACAUUUGACCCUGACAACCAUGUGCAGAGCCACGCAAGUCCUUCGGGUGACAAACCACCCGUUUGUUCAUUUUGUGUCGGAAGGUCACAUGUAGUCACACUUAGGAGGAAAGGACAUAAAAUCUUCAGAUGUUCCAUCUGUAACAGACAAUUUGUCUACAAAUGCGAUGCUGUGAGACAUAUCAGGAUUCACACAGGCGAGAAACCCUUCAGCUGUUCAGUCUGCGGUAAAAGAUUCACACAGAGCACGGGUCUCAUCUCACACAUGAGGAUCCACACAGGAGAAAAGCCACACAGAUGCCCGCUCUGUCCGAAACGGUUCAUCAGGACCGGAGUCCUGGCCAGACACAUGAGAGUUCACACAGGAGAAAAACCUUACAGCUGCUCUGUGUGCAACACGACUUUUAGCCUAAGCCAGUCGUUGUUAAAACACAUGAGGAUCCACACGGGAGAGAAACCAUUCAGCUGCCCAGUCUGUGAUAAGAAAUUUACACAAAAAGGACAUUUGACACAACACAUGACAGUCCACACGGGUAAGAAGUCCUUCAGCUGCCCUGUUUGUGGUAGAAAUUUCACCAGACAGUCACGUGUGAAAAACCAUAAGUGUGUUCCUGAGAGCAGCAUCAGUAAAUAAAAGUGCAGAGCUGCAACCUCCCACUUUUCUUACCGCUGUGCAAGAGGGAUUGAGUGGUUGAGGUAGGAACAACAUGAAUCAGACUCACCUGCACUAAACGCAGAACACUGCUCUUUGUGAUAAACUGGUUUCAGUUGCUGUAACUUGAAAAUUUCAGUUUAACUUUUCCAAAGUGAGCCACCUGUAGCUUUAUGUAUCACAGCAUCUGCUGGCAGUGGCGUGUCGCAAAGAGAAAAUCACCCUUAUUUAUUUUUUAUGGGAUUCUCUUGUCAAGGCAUUGUAGUUGACGGUGUGUGAAGCGCAUCAAAAUACUUGUUAAAGGGUAUCUGGUACUUUUCAACCUGGACCUUCAUCAUGUUUCUGUGUCAAAGGCUACGUUCACACUGCAAGCCUUAGUGCUCAAUCCAGAUUUAUUGCUCAACUAAAAUUUUUUUUGUAUGGCUGUUCAAAUGGCCCAUAUUAGAUAACAGUUGACCUGAAGUGAAUUGCCCAUAAAGAUUGCUUCUUUGUGAUCGCUAGCUGCUGCGAUCUCACUCACUAACUUGGACACAAAAAAUAAUGUCUAGGUUGAAAAAAUACUGCUACCUCUACCUUAAUGGUGAGUUCAAUGUGUACUGCAGGCGUCGGUAAACAACGCGUCAGUGGAGUGGAGUCUUACUGCAGCCAUCCUCAAGAGCAACAGAGAGGGAAGCAAA